GUCUGGUUUAUCCCUAUGCUGUUGUAGACGUUGGUGAAUGCUUGGAACAAGACUGCUUGUGCGCCGUGAAAAAAUACAUAAAAUGGACGGUGAAAAUGACCUUAGUUUCGGCCCGAAAUGGCUUGUAGAACAAGCACAGAAAUGCCUGAAGUAUGAUCCGGAUGCUUCAAAAUCAUUGCUGAUCACAGCCAGAACGCUGCAUCCACAGAACCUACGAAUUCAGUUUGAGGCAUACUGCAUUGAGAAAAGAGCAAGAAACACACACCCAGCUUCGCUGCUACUUCUGGAGAUGUUUGAGCAGUUUAAGGAAGAGGUUGUGUUAUGGGAUGAACUACAUACAAUAACGGGAGCAUUGAAGACACACAAUGAUGAUGAAAAUGGAGUAUUUCUACAAGGUGUAUUUGGAGCUCUCCCUGACCAGACACAGUAUGAUAUCUUGCUACUUAGUGCAGACCACUGCAAAGAUAUCUUGGAGAAAUGUAAACUGAAGUUACUGUUGAUCAAGCGCUUCCCAGCAGCUAUUGUUGAGCAUGGGAUACCAUUGGUAGAUAUGCUGAUAGAAGCAGAGAAGACCGAAGGUGAAAAGCAGGCAACCAAUCGCUUCCGUCGUGUCAUGGUUUGUGAAGUCCUCCCCACUAUCUGUGCAAGUAAGGAGGUGAACUGCGCCCCCAAGCAAUACUACAAAUGGCUUCAGAAGGCCAUUGAGUUCUACACAGUGUAUGCUUCCCAGCCAGCUUGGAAGUCCGAUCAGAAGGGGGCAAAGGGACCUCCAACUCCUCUCCUGUCACCAGGGAUCAAGUCGGCUGGAGCCAAAGGACAUGGAUUUGGGUUUAGUGAGCUGGUUAGGCCAUGGGAAAGUCUUCAUAGACUGCUGGCUAUGAUUGCAAAUAAAUGUGGAUGGGACUCCAAGUUUGUACCAGAUGAGGAGAGACCAUUCACAGUGAACUGGCUCCAUAUAAAUGAGAACUACAGCCGAGCCAAAGGGAAUGACUCAGUCAACAUUCGUAAGCCUGUCUUCUACUCAACGCUAGUUCUUUACCUUCAAGCAGUACAUGGGUAUGCCAGUGCUGUAGAUCCCGAACAGUUUGCUAGUACCAGCACAGGUUCCAGCCAUCUCUCAUCCCUAGUACUCCUUGAAGAUCUAGAGUGUAGGAGAAGGAUGAAGAAACAUCACAAGCACGCUCACAAGAAGAGGAAACUGGAUAGCACGGACAAAGAGGGAGAUUCAGACAGCUCCGAUGACCCCGGUUUCCACUUCCCUGUUGCUACGAUACGGGUAAACAAACCAGCAGGGGUCACACAGGAGGUCAUUGACAUGUUCCAGACGGCAGUUGAUUGCUGGCAACUUCUCUACUCGAAUGAAUCUUUUGAAAAAGAUUUAAAUUGGUUACUUUCGAGAUGGAAGGCGGAGUCGUGGCAGUGGUUUACAUCAUUUCAGAUUGAUCGGUUAUUGUAUAAGGCUGAGUUUGGGCAAGCAUUAAGGAUGCUUCAGGAGCAGUACAAGAAAUUAUCCACGAUACAGCACAUAGAGGGCAACCAGCAACUUCUGAAGACCCUCUUGCAGACCGCUGCUUGCUACUUUAGAUUGAGCCAGCAUUCUAAUGCUUGUGAGAUGACCCUGAAUGCUGUAUGUCACCUGACCCUCUCAUCAAAGGACCUGCCCUAUAAUGGUCAGAGUAGCACAACGGACAAGAUGCUAAGCAAGAAUAUGAGACAACUUCCACUGGUAACCUGCACAGCACCGGCUCUCCUUCCAUACUUCAUUCAGCUCUUAUUACUCUGCUACAAGAAGAAAGUUUUUCACCACGCGGAGACAGAAGACAUGGCUCUUGGUCACAUGCUGGUGUUAAUGCAAUAUGAUUGGCCGAGAGAAGAGGUAUUGUUUCAAGACCUCGUCAAAAAGCUGAAGAAGCAAGGGAGUUUCUUCUAUCCUGCAUUCUUCCAGUAUAUCAUAAACAUUGACAUGCUGGAGGAGUUUGCUUUCUUGAAGACAGAUUCUGGAGGGAAGUUGCAGCUGGAUCUGCUGCCUCCAAACCCCUCGGUCAUGAGACAAAGGACUGUCACUCGUAACAUCACCAAAGGGGGAAAGGAAGAGUUCCGCGUUGCCAUGGAGAAACAGGUGUCGCGUUGUGGAGAGAACAUUGAUAUGCUAAUGAGAACAUUCCUGACCAAUGAGAGGGACUCGUUGCAACAAUUGCUGAUGUAAAAUUGUAUCUGAUUGAGAUUAUUGCCAUGGAAACUAAGGAAACACAUUUGCAAUGCAUACUUUCAAGGCCAACCUUUUUUAGUGGACAUGUCUUCGCCGAGCGGUUUAGAGCACCGAAUUCAAACUCUGGUUUUUCUGAUCAGCAGAGUGUGGGUUCAAAUCCCCAG